AUGGGCACAAAUCUUGGCCUGGCGGUCGAGAGCGGGCUGCCUCCAUCUCCCUCAAAGCCAUCCCUUUCUUCAACCGAGGCUGCAGAGUCUGGCCGGUUCAGUCUCGCUUGCUCCACAGAGCCAGUGACGUUGGAUGUGGGCGGCAGGCGCUUCGCCACUACCAUCGGAACUCUUGUCGACCGGAGUGAAUUCUUUGCAGCCUUCUUCUCGGGCCGGUGGUCUGUCCCAAAACAGGAGGACGGCACCGUUUUCCUUGACGCCGAUGGUCAUCUCUUUGCCCACAUCCUUCGCUAUCUCCGCCGCGGCCUCUUCCCUCUUGCCUUUGACAACGAACACGGUCACGACCUGUACUUGUACAACGACCUGCUGGUCGAGGCCAGGUACUUGCAGAUCCCCAAGCUGCAACGCUGGCUCGAGGCCGAGUGCUAUAACCAUUGCGUCCAGCGCGAGUCCGUUUGCAAAAGGCCAAACGACCCUAAAGGAGCGCAGAAUCGCUGGCCCGCAAUUCCUGGUUCACAACUGCUGAUAGUAGAGCCUCCUCCUGCAACCGUUCAGCCUUCAAGCGGCCAGGCAUUGCGGCCAGGCGUCUCCGCAAGGACCCCUACUUCCCCUCCAGCACGUCGUCGGUUGGGCGAUAGUAGCCCAGGGGCGAAGAUGGACAUCUUGGGCGGUCAAUGGGCAGAAUACGGGAAACAGUCCGUCCUCUGCAAAGGCUGGCUGAGCGACGAAGGGGGCGACUUCCAGAAACAUUGGCAGGAGUUUAUUGACAGUAAUCGCGGCGUGCCCGACUCUUCACAAGCGAUUCCUCCAUCUAAAUCGCCUGGCUCCGGCUGUUCCGAGAGCCCGAGAUGA